AUGAAAAGCGCAAAUUCGUCAUUAGGCGUCGCUUUCCGCCAUUGUUGUCGCCGUCUCGCUUACACUUGCGUGCGGUCGCGUGGGACGGAACAAGAGAGCGGAUGGUCCUUCGACGGGAUUGUUCCUUUCUAUGUCGGCGACAUUGUUUUCGCUUUAUACCCGCCUGAAUCAGAAUUGUCUUGUCUGUUUCAAUGGCCGGUCCCCUCCACGGUAUCAAUACAGCCUCCUAUAAAUGGGGGGACACAAAGGGUUGGUUCUCUUGAAUCGAGUUGGGAGACAGGUGCGGAAUGGAAGUUACUCACAGAGGACGAGAAAAGACCGUUUAUAGAUGAGGCAAAGAGGCUAAGAGCGAUUCACAUGAAAGAACACCCGGACUACAAAUACAGACCACGUAGAAAACCCAAGACUUUAAGAAAGGAGGGCUACCCAUACUCGAUACCAUACCCCAGUGUGCCUAUGGAUGCGCUAAGAGCUGGUGAGUUGUAUUACUUGUCUGCUCUAGAAAUUAUUUAA